GAUGAGAAUGAGAGUGGGGCAAGUGAUGAAAGUGAUAAGAUUCGAAGACAGUCCAGAAGCAAAGAGAUCACAAAACAAUGAAAAGAAGGAAGACAAUGACAGUGAUUCAGUAGAUGAUGCAAAUGAUUCUGAAGAAAAUAAUGAGGACGAUAACGAGGAAGAGGAUUGGUUGGAUGUUAAAAAAGCUAAGCAAGUCCUUGAUCAUCCUCAAUGGCAGAAAAUCGACGAAGACGAGGGCAAAGAAAUUCAAGUAAUGACGAUGAAGAUUCCUCAGAUAAUGAUGACUAUGAUGAUUCGAUGA